AUGGCCGGCGAUCAUCAGGACAGGUUUUUUAAUAAAAAACUUUUUGAGCUAAGAUUUGCCCUCGAACGUGUCUCUCUUCUCCCGGUCCACGACGCGCUGACAAUCAUCCGCGGCGCCCUCAGUUUGCCGAAAUUGAUGUAUUUUUUGCGCACAUCCAACUUUGUUAAUGCGGCCAUUUUGGGCGAAUUUGAGGGUGCUCUGCGGGUGGCCCUCUCAGCAAUAUGUAACGAACCGUCGGGCAUUGCGGCGCACGACGGUAAACGCCCUGACGGGUGUACCUUGAUCCCUUGGAGAGCCGGCAGGUGCUUGGCGUGGGACGUUACCAUUCCGGGCACCUUUGCUGAGCGCUACGUGCAGCUUACUAGCAAAGAAAGCGGUUUGGCUGCAACCAGGGCAUCUGACGAGAAGAUCAAAAAGUACGACGGAGCUCUCCCCUCGAUGGAGUUUUUACCGAUUUGUAUCGAGGUCCUCGGCCCCAUGGACCGUAACACCUCCGGGUUUUUCAAUCGGAUUUGUAAAAAUAUCAGUAUUAGGUCAGGCGAUAGUAGGGAAUAUUUUUUUGCUAUGAAUAAUAUCUCGUGCAUUCUGCAGCGGUUUUUGCGCGUCUGUGUGUUGGAAAAUGUGGAGUUGAAUGCCAACGGGGUUGAGUGA